UAGGGAUACCACUGGGCCCAGGGAAAGACCUGUGAGUGUGCAUGGUGCCAUUUUGUCCCAUGGCUGAAGAUGGUUUGCCAAAAAUGUAUUCUCAUCCUCCAACAGAAAGCAGUAAAAUGACAACUGAAGCAACCACUUUCUUUGGGGCUGAAAACACUACUCCUAAAUCAGAAACAACCAUUACUUCAGAAGGGGACCACAUUACUUCAGUGAAUGACUAUACACUAGAAAGUGACUUUUCAACAACAGACAGCAAGCUUACAUCUCCAAAGGAAAAAGUAAAAUCAGAAGAUGACACUGAGUCCCAUAUUAUUAAGUCAUCGACCCAUCUGGAGAAAGAAAUUACUACUCUGACAGGCACAACAAACUCCAUGGCUAAUGAUUCUAUUACUGAAAUUUUAAUCCCAGUGAAAAUUGGUAAUAUUUCAUCACCAGGUGCUACUGUUUCUUUAAUAGAUUUUUCCACUAACAUGGCAAAAGAAGAUAUUCUUUUGGAUACCACUGACCCAGGGAACGAAAAUGUCUCAAUAACUUCUGAAGUCUCUGGCACAUUAAAGGAAGGCACCGCCAGCAUUGCAGACACUCCCAUCCUUCCAGCUAAGAAGGAUGAACUUGAUGUUAACAAUUGCAGUUCCUCGGUUAAAUCCAAUGACACUGCUGAUGAGGCUGUCCAGAUCACCAACUCGUCUAUUCCUAAGGCUGAAAUCUCUCCUGUUACUGAAAAAAACUUCACUAUUCCAGAUAUAACUGCCCUUACAGAAGAGAAAAUAACUGAAAUUGACUUAAGUCUUCCAGAGGAUGACCCCAAUGCUGUGCCUAAACUAACAGACUCCGAUGAGGAAAAGUUCAUCACUGUGUUUGAACUUACUACCGCUGUCGAAAGAGACAAAGAUAACCCAGAAGAUAUUCUGCUGAUCGAUGAAGAGUCAAUGGAUGAAGUCAAUGUUUGGAUGGAGAAAGAUAGCACAAAUGAAGCAAAGAAUCAUCCCGUUUUGCUCACUGCUGUAGAAUCCAGAUAUGACUUUGUAGUCCCAACAUCAGUAGCUAUGAACCUCACAGAAAACUCAUCUACUAUGACAAAAGAAGAUCUGUCCAAAAGUAAUACAAUGGAAUCUGUAACUAAGGAAAGUAAGCCACUUUCAGAAACUACCCCUGAUCCAGAUACCCUAAACAAUGAGGAAGAUGCUUUUACAACUGAAAUGGGUGUCUUUAAGCUACUGAAAGAAGAACCAGAUGAGUUCCUGAUUUGAAAGCAGCAAAUCAGAUGCCACAUAGAAUUGAGCAACAGCCUAGACAGCUAAUUUUAACAUCUAAGAAGUUUGUCCAGCAAGCAAAAAUCUUAACAAAGUAAAGAA